AGCGCCAGUGACGCGCCGGCCGCUCCCCCUUCCUCUGCAUUCGCUUUAGGGUUUUGGGGCGCUACGGUGCAGAGUCGUCAGCUCCGAGUCGUAAGCAGUUUUCCGCGUAGCCCCGAGUCCAGUACCGGCGUUGGGAGGCAGAAGGACGUGUCAGGCAGGAUGUCAUUUUCAAAAUCCUGGAUGGUGCCCCUGCCUCAUUAACUGCUGUAGGAAGGCUGCUACACCUAGACGGAUGCGUGUUUAUCCCCACCGUUACUCCGACUAACGCUCUGUGUCGUUGAGUAUAUCUGUUAAGAUGCCUUAGAAAAAGAAUCAUGGAGAAGUAUGCUAGACUACAGAAGAUUGGAGAAGGUUCAUUUGGAAAAGCCAUUCUUGUUAAAUCUACAGAAGAUGGCAAGCAAUAUGUUAUCAAGGAAAUUAACAUCUCAAGAAUGUCCAAUAAAGAAAGGGAAGAAUCAAGGAGAGAAGUUGCAGUAUUGGCAAACAUGAAGCAUCCAAAUAUUGUCCAGUAUAGAGAAUCAUUUGAAGAAAAUGGCUCUCUCUACAUAGUGAUGGAUUACUGUGAAGGGGGCGAUUUGUUUAAACGAAUUAAUGCUCAGAAAGGCAUUUUGUUUCAAGAGGAUCAGAUUUUGGACUGGUUUGUACAGAUAUGUUUGGCCUUGAAACAUGUACAUGAUCGAAAAAUUCUUCAUCGAGACAUAAAGUCCCAGAAUAUAUUUUUAACCAAAGAUGGGACAGUACAACUCGGAGAUUUUGGAAUUGCUCGAGUACUUAAUAGUACUGUGGAGCUGGCUCGAACUUGUAUAGGGACCCCCUACUACUUGUCACCUGAAAUCUGUGAAAACAAACCUUACAACAAUAAGAGUGACAUUUGGGCUCUGGGGUGUGUCCUGUAUGAGAUGUGUACACUUAAACAUGCGUUUGAAGCUGGCAAUAUGAAAAACCUGGUACUGAAGAUAAUAUCUGGAUCUUUUCCACCCGUAUCUUUACAUUAUUCUUAUGAUCUCCGCAAUUUACUCACUCAGUUAUUUAAAAGAAAUCCUAGGGAUAGACCAUCAGUCAACUCCAUAUUGGAGAAAGGUUUUAUAGCCAAACGCAUUGAAAAGUUUCUCUCACCUCAGCUUAUUGCAGAAGAAUUUUGUCUAAAAACAUUUUCCAAGUUUGGAGUGCAGCCUGUACCAGCUAAAAGACCAGCUUCAGGACAAAGCUUGGCUUCUGUUGUGUCUGCUCAGAAAAUUACAAAGCCUGCCGCCAAGUAUGGAGUACCUUUAACAUAUAAGAAAUUUGGAGAUAAAAAAUUACAUGAAAAGAAACCACUCCAAAAAUAUAAACAGGCCCAUCACAUUCCAGUGAAGAAAGUGAAUCCCGGAGAAGAAAGGAGGAAAAUGUUUGAGGAAGCAGCAAGAAAGCGAAGGUUGGAAUUUAUUGAAAAAGAAAAGAAACAAAAGGAUCAGAUUAGUUUAAUGAAGGCCGAGCAGAUGAAAAGACAGGAAAAGGAAAGGUUGGAGAGAAUAAAUAGGGCCAGGGAACAAGGAUGGAGAAACGUGCUAAGUACUGGUGGAAGUGGUGAAGUAAAGGCUCCCUUUUUUGGCAGUGGAGGGGCUGUGGCUCCAUCAUCUUUUUCUUCUCGAGGACAGUAUGAACACUAUCAUGCUAUUUUUGAUCAAAUGCAGCAACAAAGAGCAGAAAAUAAUGAAACUAAAUGGAAAGGAGAAAUAUAUGGCCGAAGACAUCCAGAAAGGCAAAAGGGGCAGCUAGCUGUGGAAAGAGCUAAACAAGUGGAGGAGUUCCUACAGCGAAAACGGGAAGCACGGCAAAAUAAAGCUCGAGCCGAAGGACAUAUGGGAAUCCUGCAAAACCUGGCAGCUAUGUAUGGAGGCAGGUCCAGCUCUUCAAGAGGAGGGAAGCCAAGAAACAAAGAGGAAGAGGUUUAUCUGGCAAGACUGAGGCAAAUAAGACUGCAGAAUUUCAAUGAGCGCCAACAGAUUAGAGCCAAACUUCGUGGUGAAAAGAAAGAAGCUGAUUAUUCUGAAGGACAAGAAGGAAGUGAGGAGGCUGACAUGCGGCGGAAAAAAGUUGAAGCAUUUAAGGCCCAAGCAAGUGCGCGUGCUGCUGUACUAAAAGAACAAUUAGAACGAAAGAGAAAGGAAGCGUAUGAGAGAGAAAAGAAAGUAUGGGAAGAGCAUUUGGUGGCUAAAGGAGUAAAGAAUUCUGAUAUGUCUCCACCUUUGGGACAACAUGAAACAGGUGGCUCUCCAUCAAAGCAACAGAUGAGAUCUGUUAUUUCUGUGACUUCAGCUUUGAAAGAAGUGGGUUUGGACAGAAGUUUAACCGAUACCCAGGAAACCUCAGAAGACAUGCAGAAGACUAACAAUGCUAUUUCAAGUAAGCGAGAAAUACUACGUAGAUUAAAUCAAAAUCUUAAAGCUCAAGAAGAUGAAAAAGAAAAGCAAUGUCACUCUGAUAUGUGUGAGAUAGUUGAUAAUGCACAUGCCAAAGAGCAUGCAAAAGAAAAAUCGGUUUCAUCUGAUCGCAAGAAAUGGGAGACAGGAGGUCAACUUGUCAUUCCUUUGGAUGAGUUAACACUGGACACAUCCUUCUCUGCUACUGAAAAACAUACAGUGGGAGAAGUUAUCAAAUUAGAUCCUGGUGGAUCUCCAAGAAAAGUGUGGGGGAGAAGCCCUACAGAUUCAGUUCUAAAGAUACUUGGAGAAGCUGAAUUACAACUUCAGACAGAACUAUUGGAAAACACAACCGUUAGAAGUGAGACUUCUCCUGAAAGGGAGAAUUAUAAACCUUUAAUUACUGGAGAAGAAAAAGUAAAAUAUACUUCACUUGAAAUGAAUCCAUCAGCUACUGUUAAUUCUUCUGUUGAAACGAACAGUCCAGAGUUUAAUGAAGCAUCUUCACAGACAUCAUUGAAGCCAGAAGGAAAUGUGGAUGAAGCUGAUGGCUUAGAAACAGAAGUUCUACAAGAGCCAGGUGGAGCAAAUAAAGAUGGUAGCUUGCCAUGCACGAUUAUUGAUGUGUGGAUUAGUGAGAUAAAAGAAACAAAGGAAACUGAAAUGGAAGAUAGGAUCACUGCUCAGCAAAAUGAAGUUUCUGAAGAUGAAAUCCCAAGGAAUGUGGACCACCUUAGUGAAGUCGAUAUAAGACCUGAAAUAGGUGAUCCUCAGCACCCUAAAUGUGAUGUAGAUAAACCUGUGCAACCAGAGCCAUUUUUCCAUAGAGUGGUUCUUUCAAAACACUUGAACGUAGUCUCUCAAAUUCAGUCAGUUCUGUGUUCACCAGAAGAAUCCUUUCCGCUUCGAUCUCGCUCUGAUUCACCACCAAAAAGUGAAAACCAGAGUUCCUUGCUGAUAGGACUUUCAACUGGUCUAUUUGAUGCAAACAACCCAAAGAUGUUGAGGACAUGUUCACUUCCAGAUCUCUCAAAAUUGUUCAGAACAUUGAUGGAUGUUCCCACUGUAGGAGAUGUAUGUCAAGACAAUCUUGAAAUAGAUGAAAUUGAAGAUGAGCAUAUUAAAGAAGGACCUUCUGAUUCUGAAGACAUUGUUUUUGAAGAAACUGACACAGAUUUACAAGAGCUUCAGGCCUCUAUGGAACAGUUACUUAGGGAACAACCUGGUGAAGAAUACAGUGAGGAGGAAGAAUCAGUCUUAAAGAACAGUGACAUAGAGCAGACUGCAAAUGGGACAGAUCUGGUAGAUGAGGAUGACAAUCCCAGCAGUGAAAGUGCCCUAAAUGAAGAAUGGCACUCAGAUAACAGUGAUGGUGAAAUUACUAGUGAAUGUGAAUAUGAUAGUGUCUUUAACCAUUUAGAGGAACUGAGACUUCACCUGGAGCAGGAAAUAGGCUUUGAAAAAUUCUUUGAGGUUUAUGAAAAAAUAAAAGCUAUUCAUGAAGAUGAAGAUGAAAAUAUUGAGAUUUGUUCAACAAUAGUUCAGGAUAUUUUAGGAAAUGAACAUGAACAUCUUUAUGCCAAGAUUCUUCAUUUAGUCAUGGCAGAUGGAGCCUAUCAAGAAGGUUUUGAGUUUGUGGUUACCAUGAGGAUCAAAUAUAACAUCCUAAGUAUACAGCAGUCUAUAUUAAUUUGAUGGAAACUCUAUCUUUCCAUCAAAUGUGAAGGAUAAUUUGCCAGAUAAUGAUGAAUAAUCAUCAGAACAUUUCUUAAUUCUCAACUGUAUGAAAGCAUUUAUAUUUGGCUCAUCAGAAAAGCAAGCUGCAGUGGGAAAUGUAGCAAUUUUCUACAAAUAUCAGAUUUAAGAUUGGCAUGCUGAUUGCAUGAAAAAGAGAAAUAUGCCAUUUUUCAAUUAAGAUUCUAGUAUUUUAUCUAUUUUGUUCAUGGAGUUCUAUAGUAACCGCCUACAGAAUAUAUACUUUAUUAAAUUAUGCAGCCAAAGCAUAAGAGACAUUGAUCCAGAACUGGACUUAAUGGUUCUGAAAAAGAUUUACCAAUGCAGUAAGGUAACUUUAAGCAAAUGUCCUUAAGUCGAGAGAAUUACUUAAGUUAUGAAAAGCUUGCCUAUGGUUUUUCGUUUAAUUAAGCAUGACCUUUUUUUCUGUCUACAUGUUUUCAUAGCCAGCAAUUUGGUAUUACAUAACCUUAUUAAGGGCUCUAUUUAAAUCUUUACAUUUUGAAGAUGGAAUUUUUAGCCUUAAAGUUUAUAUUCUCCAUCCUUCUUCAACCAGUGUGUCUCCUUGAACUAGCUCAGUGGAACAGGCUGUAAAAGUCAGUCUUAGAGAUCAUUGAAAAAUUUGAUUAUGGAAAAAUGGCAGAAUCAUAUUUCCUGGUAUUUAAAAAGUUCUUUAAUUAUUUCUUAAGGACCAGAAUCAGGAAAUUAUAUUGAGAAAUUAGUUUAUGAGUUUUAACAUUGGCAUUGCAUAUAUCAUAAAGUUGCCCCUUUUUUUCCCCCAUUUUCUCUCAUGUAUAUGCUUCCAAGGCAAUACAGAAAAAGGAAUUGUUUUUAUUUUGACACUGUGACAGUUUGGGUAACUAGCAUUCCAAAGAUAGGAGAUGUUUGCCUCUUUUAUUUCCAUUAUGGUCAUUAAAAUGAUGGUUACACAGCUUCAGUUGCAAUAUGCCAGGUAUUACAUGCUUUCAUUAGUGAUAUCUAAAGUCCAGAUGCUUUUAGUAAUAAAAGCAUAAUUUUUGAAA